CGCGACCGGCGCCGUGCGCGCUGACGCCGGCGGCGCUCCGUCCCAGCAUGCAGUGCGCUCCUGAAGAUGGCGGAAGGCGGCGCGGCGGAUGUGGAGACGCAGAGAGGAGAGAUCGCGACGCUCCUGAAGACGCCGCUGCGCAGAGCCGACACCUGGUACCUGGUGGACAGCCGCUGGUUCAAGCAGUGGAAGAAGUAUGUGGGCUUCGACAGCUGGGACAAAUACCAGAUGGGGGACCAGAGCGUCUACCCCGGGCCCGUGGACAACUCCGGCCUGCUCACAGACGGGGAUGUUCUGGGUAUCCGGGAGCACCUGAUUGAUGAGCUCGACUACAUCUUGCUGCCGGCUGACGGCUGGAACAAGCUGCUGAGUUGGUACGGCCUCAAAGAGGGACAGCAGCCCAUCGCUCGCAAGGUGGUGGAGCAGGGCAUGUUCGUCAAGCACUGUAAGGUGGAGGUCUACCUGACCGAGCUCAAGCUGUGUGAAGACAGCAACAUGGAGAACGUCAUCUCGCGCCGCUUCAGCAAAGCCGACACCAUAGACAGCAUCGAGCGUGAGAUGAGGAAGCUUUUCAGUAUCCCGGACGAGAAGGAGACGCGGCUCUGGAACAAGUACAUGAGCAACACCUUCGAGCCGCUCAAUAAACCAGACAGCACCAUUCAGGACGCAGGCCUCUAUCAGGGACAGGUUCUAGUGAUCGAGCAGAAGAACGAGGACGGCUCGUGGCCCCGCGGCUCCUCGGCGCUCAAGUCGUCUGGUGCUUCCUCUCUCUCUGCUUUACCAAAGAUCUGCCCUUCAUCUCUCACAAACAAUCAUAACAGCAGCUUCAGCGGCCGCAACGUGAAGAGCUCCAGCUACAGCCUGCCCUCCUACCCUCCCUACAGCAGCUACGAGAGCUCGGAUCAGGGCCGGCGCUGUGAGAGAGAGGGCCUCUGCGGCCUGUCUAACCUGGGCAACACCUGCUUCAUGAACUCGGCCACACAGUGUCUGAGCAACGUCCCGCCCCUCACCCAGUACUUCCUGAAGGACCGGCACCAGGUCGAGCUGAACCAGGACAAUCCUCUGGGCAUGAAGGGAGAGAUCGCCAAGGCCUACGCCGAGCUCAUCAAGCAGCUGUGGUCGGGCAAAUACAGCUACGUCACUCCGCGGCCCUUCAAGACUCAGGUGGGACGCUUCGCUCCUCAGUUCUCAGGCUAUCAGCAGCAGGACUCUCACGAGCUUCUGGCCUUCCUUUUGGAUGGACUGCACGAAGACCUCAACCGCAUCCGCAAGAAGCCCUACAUCCAGCUGAAGGACGCCGAUGGCCGGCAUGACAAGGUUGUGGCAGAGGAGGCCUGGGAGAACCACAUCAAGAGGAACGACUCCAUCAUCGUGGAUAUCUUCCACGGCCUCUUCAAGUCCACUCUGGUGUGUCCCGUGUGUGCCAAGAUCUCAGUGACCUUUGACCCCUUCUGCUACCUGACGCUGCCUCUGCCAAUGAAGAAGGAGCGGACGCUGGAGGUGUAUCUGGUGUGGCUGGACCCGCUGGCUAAACCCACUCAGUAUAAGCUGACGGUUCCUAAAGUGGGCAGCAUCUCUGAUCUGUGUGCAUCUCUUUCGAUUCUGUCGGGCGUCUCGGCUAAGAAGAUGAUCGUGACGGACAUCUACAACCACAGGUUCCACCGGAUCUUCAGCAGCAACGAGAACCUGAGCAGCAUCAUGGAGCGGGACGACAUCUACGUGUUCGAGGUGUCCGUCGGCCGGCUGGAGGACACACAGCACGUUCUGAUCCCCGUCCACCUGCGGGAGAAGUACAAGCAGUCGGGCUUCAACCAAACCAGCACGCCGCUGUUCGGCCGGCCCUUCCUGCUGAGUGUGCCACGCUCCAUCAGUGAGGACAAGCUCUACAACCUACUGCUGCUGCGCCUCUGUCGUUUCAUUCGUUCGGCUGCGGAGGACGAGGAGUCGGUGGAGACGCUCUCUCCCAAGCAUCCCUCCAUCAACGGCAGCGCCACCAACGGUAUAAUGGAGGAGGGCUCUCCGAGUGAGAUGGAGACGGACGAGCCGGACGAGGAGUCCAGUCAGGACCAGGAUCUUCCGUCGGAGAAUGAGCGCAGCCCGUCGGAGGACUCUGUGAGAUCAGAGCACGAGCUGGAAAAUGGCCUGGUGCCCUCCGAGAGAAAGAGGCUCUUCACGCUGCACUUCAACAACAUGGGCAAGAGCGACUUCAUCCAGGGAGAGGUCCGCUUCGACGAGGACCACACGCGGCUCAGCGAUAGGUGCUAUCUGUCUCUGGACUGGGAGCCCGACGUCAAAAGGAAGUACUUCAACGAGGCCACGGCUGAGGACUUCGAUAAGCAUGAGAGCAUGGAGUACAAGCCACAGAAGAAGAGCUUCUUUAAGCUGAAGGACUGCAUCGAGCUCUUCACCACCAAAGAGAAGCUGGGAGCAGACGACCCCUGGUACUGCCCUCACUGUAAGCAGCACCAGCAGGCCACGAAGAAGCUGGACCUGUGGAGUCUUCCUCCGGUGCUCGUGGUGCAUCUCAAGCGCUUCUCGUACAGCCGCUACAUGAGAGACAAGCUGGACUCUCUGGUGGACUUCCCCCUGCGGGAUCUGGACAUGUCUGAGUUCCUGAUCAAUCCAAACGCAGGGCCAAGCCGCUAUGACCUUAUCGCUGUCUCUAACCACUAUGGAGGAAUGGGAGGAGGACACUAUACCGCGUACGCCAAGAACAAGGAGGAUGAGAAGUGGUACAACUUUGAUGACAGCAGUGUGUCGCCGGCCAGCGAGGAGCAGAUCGUGUCAAAGGCGGCCUAUGUGCUCUUCUACCAGCGGCAGGACACGGUCACGGGCACGGGCUACUUCGCUCUGGACCGCGAGACUCCUGAAGAGACGCCACAGGAUGAGCCCAGCGCUCAGAGCGAGGAGGAGGAUGAGGAAGAGGAGGAUCUGAACGACAACCAGCGGGAGGAAGAGCCCGGUCCUGGAGAAAACAUGAGCACUAACUGAGCUGAGAGCCAAAGCAGACGAAUGUACAGAACUGCGCUUGCUUUGUCUGAAUGGAGGAGAAUGUUCUCGCACAAUCACUGCGUUAGUUUUAGUGUGUCUGCGGCGUCGAGACUCUGUGCGAUCUGUCCGUGUCCUUCACCUCAGCCUUAACGGAGUCUCAGACCGCUGCCUUUUUUUUCGCACAGAUCUCACUGUCCGCUCGUCACAGACACACAGUUUCCUGCUUCGCCUUCGGUUUGAUGAAUGUUUUCCGUCGGUUCUUCCUGCCACGGCUCGAGCUGACUGACUGCUGCGGUUCAUAAAUACUGUACAUAAGAGUUCACUCUGUGAGUGCACAUUUGAUAAAUCUAUUUAUUAAAGAGGAGGGCAGAGCGUGGCUUCGGUCGAGGGCCGGAUCCAUCUACAGGACUCCCAGUCUCCGGAGGGUUUUUGUAAAUCCAACUGAGGUCCUUGCAUGAUUCGGGGAUUUCCUUUAGCUGCACUUGAGUUCACUUUGGUUUACAGAAUGAAAUGUGCAUGUGUAUUUAUAUAUGGACUUCAAUAAAUUUGACUAAAGUCUG